AUUUCGAUUGUAUAUCUGUAUAAAUUGAGCGUAAAACCAACUAGAAUUCUGCAAUAGUAAAGCAUAUCUUUAAAAGAAUACCUAAGCAUUGGUCCAAAGACAACAACUUCCCAAGAACAACACUAUAUAUUGUACAACAACAACAACAGUACAAAGUACAAUUAUAAUAAAUAAAGCAAAGAGAAGGAAAUAAGUGCUUCAGAAGAAGCAGGUCGUUGGUGAAUCAACCGAUUCUGCAUUUAUUACAUCACACGCGUAAACUACUUUGCUUCCUGUCUGGCAUCCUUCUCGAUUGACAUACAGACGUGCUGAAAAUGUUUAUUGAAGAUGACGCACAAAUGGAAAGCUUCUGGGUGCAGAGCGCGAUCGGUGCUAUCAAAGUGCUCGCUUUUGUGUGUGACAUAAUCACGUUGCCGGUAUAUUUGGUGUUGCAGCGACCAUGGAAGCGAAGAGAGGAGUCGCGACGCGUCAAGGCUGUUCCAGUUAAGAAAUUUGGCGCCGGCAUGGACGAGAAGCCGAGAUAUGCCGCAGAUGACAUUGAGGCGCGUGUUGUCAGUUCCGAUGAGCAUUCGUUGACCUAUCGCACUAUUGAACCGCCCCGCGAGGUACACGUGAAGAUGUUGCAAAAUAACAUCGACACACUAGAGAAGAUGUUCAACUAUGUGGCCAAGGUGCAUUCGAACAAACGUUGCUUGGGCACACGUCAGAUCCUCAGCGAAGAGGAUGAGGUGCAACCGAAUGGACGCAUCUUCAAGAAGUACAAUAUGGGCGAGUAUAAGUGGAAGAAUUUCAUUGAGACCGAUCGCAUGGCAACGUCCUUCGGUCGCGGUCUGCGCGAAUGUGGUCAGAGCGCCCGACAGAAUAUUGUUAUUUUUGCGGAGACGCGCGCCGAAUGGAUGAUUGCGGCGCAUGGUUGCUUCAAGCAGGCGAUGUCCAUUGUAACUGUAUAUGCCACACUAGGCGAUGAAGGCGUGGCGCAUUGCAUCAGCGAAACGGAAGUCACCACAGUGAUUACGUCGCACGAGCUGUUGCCUAAAUUCAAGCAGUUGCUGGAUAAAUGCCCCAAUGUAAACACCGUUAUCUACAUGGAAGAUCAGUUGCAUAAGACCGACACAACGGGCUUCAAGGACGGCGUACGCGUUCUCUCUUUUUCGCAAGUUGUGCGCAUGGGUCAGGAGAGCAAGUUUGAGAGCGUUCCACCCAAACCCGAGGACACAGCCAUUAUUAUGUAUACUUCCGGCUCGACAGGCACACCGAAGGGCGUGUUAUUGUCUCAUCAAAAUUGUAUUGCCACAAUGAAAGGUUUCUGUGACGUGGUGACCGUGAAGCCUGACGAUGUGCUGAUUGGCUUCCUGCCGCUCGCGCACGUGUUUGAAUUGCUCGCCGAGAGUGUUUGCCUGAUUACCGGCGUACCCAUUGGCUACUCCACGCCACUGACUCUAAUUGACACCAGCAGUAAGAUUAUGCGCGGCAGCAAAGGUGAUGCGACCGUCUUGAGACCCACAUGCAUGACUUCCGUGCCGUUAAUCUUGGACCGCAUCUCCAAGGGCAUUAACGACAAGGUUAAUUCGGGUUCUGCUUUCAAGAAGGCGCUCUUCAAAUUUCUGUAUCAGUACAAAGUGCAAUGGACGAAUCGUGGCUAUCAGACGCCGUUGAUUGAUAAAUUGGUUUUCCAGAAGGUCUCAAAAUUGCUUGGUGGUCGCGUGCGAUUGGUGCUCUCCGGCGGUGCGCCACUUUCACCCGAUACACAUGAACAAAUCAAAACAUGCUUAUGCGUAGAAGUAGUACAAGGUUACGGUCUAACGGAGACUACAUCGGGCGCCACGGUUAUGGACAACCGUGAUAUGACUUAUGGUCGCACUGGCGCACCGCUGACCGUCUGCGACAUACGUCUAGUCAACUGGGAGGAGGGCAGAUAUCGUAUUACAAAUAAACCAUAUCCACAGGGCGAAGUGCUAAUAGGCGGUGAUUGUGUAUCGAAAGGUUACUACAAAUUGCCCGACAAAACCGAUGAGGAAUUUUUCGAGGAGGAUGGCAAACAGUGGUUUAAGACUGGCGACAUUGGUGAAAUUCAUCCAGAUGGUGUACUUAAAAUCAUUGAUCGCAAGAAGGACUUGGUUAAGCUGCAGGCCGGCGAAUACGUGUCACUCGGCAAAGUUGAAUCCGAACUGAAGACUUGCCCAAUUGUGGAGAAUAUCUGCAUUUAUGGCGAUCCAACCAAACAGUUCACCGUGGCAUUGGUGGUGCCCAAUCACAAACAUCUCGAAGAAUUGGCCGAACGCAAUAGUUUAAAGUCCAAACCUUUUGACGAGUUAUGCACGUCGCCUAUUAUGGAGAAAGCGGUCCUAAAAGAACUAUCCGAACAUGCCAGGAAAUGCAAAUUGCAAAAGUAUGAAGUGCCCGCAGUGCUCACGCUCUGCAAGGAGGUUUGGUCACCUGACAUGGGUCUCGUUACGGCUGCUUUUAAGCUGAAACGCAAGGAAAUACAAGAAAAAUACCAACACGAUAUCAAACGCAUGUACGCGUCGUGAAAGUCAGUGUACUGAAUUGUGAUGUCGUCGAACAAAACUAAAAAUUUCUGUACAUUUUUCCGGCCAAUGGCAUUGCAAGCAAGUUGUAAGUUAAACUAAAUUUUAAUAUUUCAUGCUUAAUGAAAUAAUUAUGGCAAAAAAAAAUGUAAAAGCAAAAUAGUCAUGGCUUGUUAAAGGAGAAAUGUGCAACACUAAAAGGAGUAAACAAAGAAAAAAAAAGCAAAACCAAGAAAAAAUGAAAAAAAAAAUAAGCAAGCGA